GUUUGUUGACUUGAAUAAGUCUAUUUUGCAAUAGUGAGCCAAGAAGAUACGGGGGAUACAAGCCUAUAUCAGAAAUUCGGCAUUCCCUUUCAUUAUUAUUCCAAAAGGGUGAUCAGAGGCAAUCUACUCCCUCCAGUGUUAUUUUAAAAGGGAAUCAGAGAUCAGCAUUCCCUUUCAUUGCUAUACCGAAAGGGGGAUACGUACCUAUUUCUUCCUUUCAAUAAUAUUCUGAAACGGGGUACGAGCCUACAGCAGAAAUCCUACAUUCCUUCAGUGUUAUUCUGAGAGGGGAAUACGAGCCUAUCUCUUCCUUUUAGUAUUAUUCUGAAAAGGAGAUACCUGCAUAUAUCUUCUCUUCAAUUUUAUUCUGGAAGGGGAAUACGAGCCUACAUCAGAAAUCCAGCAUUCCCCUGUAGUGUUAUUCCCAAAGGGGGAUAAAGGUCCAUCUCUUCCCUUCAGUGUAAUUCCGAAAGUGGAAUACGAGCCUACAGCUUCCCUCCAGUGUUAUCCUGAAAGAUGUCCGGCCUACAGCAGCAGCAGUCCUCUCCUAAGAUUCCUGUCCUUCUCCUCGUGGUCGUAGUCACGGGGGUUAGCUUCUACAGAACCCUGGACACGCAACUGAACAGGCAGGCGACGCUACAGUUCCGUAACCCGCGCCCAGGUGUUCAGGAGAAGCCGACGGAGGGUCUGAAGGGACCUUCGGAGGCGCUGCAGAGACCGUCGGAGGCGCAGAAGACACCGUCGGAAGGCGUCGGAGAGGAGGAAGAAGCCACCCUCGAGGAUCAGAUGGAAAUGAAGCCGAAGGUGGUUCUGUUCUGGACGUCUUGGUUCGGGUCGCAGUGGGCGGCCAAGAAGGGCGUCCUCACCAGAUUCGGCACCAAUUCCAUGGAGGAACUACGAGAAGACGGCUGCGCGGAAACUAAUUGCUUCUUCACCACAGACAAGGCCAUGUUACCGCUGGCCGACGCCUUGCUCUUCGUGUCGCAAAACUUCCACCAGGGUAACUUCCCGAAGACUCGCAAGCCCUGGCAGCGGUGGGUGUGGACUGAGGUGGAGGCGCCGCUGACAGGGAGUACCUUAGCCAGACUCUCCGCCUCCAACCUGAGUCACUAUAUCAACUGGACGAUGACUUACCACGAGCGAGCCGACGUGGUGGCCUUCUACGGAUAUUUUCGCUCGCUGAACACUACUCUCCAACCCGUGCGCCCAAACCUGAUCGAGAACCACAGGGCCGCCCUCGCCAAAUACCGGGACGCGCUGGCCAGAAACACCACGCUGGAGCAAGUCAUGGGACCCUCCUGGAGAAGCUACGUCAGGAGAUCGAAAAUCGUCGCUUGGAUGUCCGGCCACUGCCCGACCAUUUCGAGGAGGGAGGAGUAUGUGCGAGAGCUGGCCAAGCAUAUUCCAGUCGACAUGUACGGUACUUGCGGUUCCCAAGUGUGCAAGACUAGGCACCCGCUGAAACCUGACUGCUGGGUCGAGGUUUUGAAAGACUAUCAUUUCUACAUGGCUAUGGAAAACAACCUGUGCGACCAAUACAUUACAGAGAAACUUUACAAUCCCUUGAAAUACAACCUUGUUCCGGUGGUUUGGGGAGGCUCUAAUUAUAGCCGAUUUUUGCCCCCAAAUUCCUUCAUUGAUGCGCGUAAAUAUCAUCCGAAAGAGUUGGCUGCCUUACUCCUGAAACUCACCCAAGAUCCUGUCGCUUAUGGCAAAUACCACGUGUGGAGAGGCUUCUGGGAACCGCGCGUGGGUGGGAGUCUGUGCGAGCUGUGUCACCGCCUACACACGGACACACAGAUAAAACACCACGUCAAUAUUCCAAACGAGAGACGAACCAACGGCCUCUGCAUUAGAGUGAAGAAGAACCUGUUCGGGCCGGACUCCGCCUGGAAGGAAGUCAUCUACAACAACCACAAAGAGUCCACGGGAACCUUGUAGGGCUUGUAGUAGUGGAUGAGUCUACCUGCGUGUUGGAGGGAGACAGUGUAGAUGAAUCGAAAACGGUCUGUAAAAUGGAUUGUCAUUUUCUUAUUCAUGGUUAAUAUUAUAUGAAUACUGAAU